CGUACCUCUGGUCGAGUGAUGAAUCUGCGAUCAGAAGCGUGUUCUCACUCCCCGCCAAUCGUCUCUGGAUCACUCUUUAUUAUCUUCCGCCUUGCGCUUUUAUUUCAUCUUUCUUCUUUCUCUGUUUUGCCGUUAUCGCGCGUAUGCCUUGUACUUGGAUGCUCGUGAGUCGAUGUUGUUUUCGCCAUCGUUAGUGCGAUCCUCUCGCAUGUGUCGCGUUAAGGACAUCAAGCAAGGUCUAGAGGAAUGACCUUGAAAUCGUGUGUGUAUGCUAAGUCCAAGAAGCUGUGAAACGCGCACCAUUGCUGAAUUCGAAAACAAACAGGAUUACUCAAGGAACCAGCUGCUGAAACAUCGAGCUUGGAAUACCGGAUUCGAAAGAAGAAUUUUGAGUAAUUUUCCUCGCCACGACUUUGAUCUCUCAAGUCGUUGAAUCGUCAGAGGAACAGCUGUGAGCGUUGAAACUGCGUCUCGAUGUUCAUCUUCGCGCCACGCGACAAUAUGUCGACGUCUCGUCAGGAUUCGGCGGGCCGGCGAAAUCGGUACGCACGUUCCUCGACGACUACGAGCGUCACUCAACUACUCAGUGAUUCGUGCUCGAGUCUGUUGCAAAGACUGACCACCAGAGUUCGCGGGACGUCGACCGUGAACGACAACAUGGUGAACAAACCUACAAUUAUUACCAGACAUUCUCCUAUAAUCAACCAAUUAAACAGCGCCAGGGCUCGCAUAGAGGACAAGUACUGCACCAUUCUGGACAAAUAUUCCAGAAAGAAGCAUACAGACCGUCCCUCGGUCGAUUAUGGGCCACGUACUCGCGAAAGAGACACGUAUUUUCGCCGCGAAGACAGUCCAUUCGUUCGAGAUGAGAAAACUUUGGAACCUUCGAUGACCCGCACCGUGAUUAAAAGUCCUACUAGUGUGAUCCUUUCUGAAAAAGCAUAUCCUUAUGUAAAAACCUCCAAUGUGAAAGACUUCAAGCGCGAUAAGACGCCCGGAUAUCACCGCACGGAUAAACACUCUUUGUUAAACUCGGAUACAUAUAAAAGGUAUGGAAGACACAAGUCUGGUCACGCAGAGACACGUACCAGAAAAGUGAGACCCUAUCGAAAUGGAAAGAGUGAACAAUUGGAAUCCUCGUCGACUGCUCUUCGACUAACCAGACCUAUGAAAGUGGAAUCUUUGACACCCAAAGAGAAAAAUGAGGAAGAUCCUGACAAGACACCGACUAGCAGCAUGAUUAAAGAAACUGUGACGAACGAUAAUAUUACUGUUGCAACAGUUGAGAUUGAAGAAAGUGAUCCAGCCAUUUCUGAGAGAGCAGCAAAACGAAAGGAGAUACAAAGUUUGAUUUUAAAAUAUGCCGCUAUGGAAGAAACGUAUAGCCAGUUGGCGGCAGGUGGCCAGGUGAAAAUGAGGCCGAGUACCACGGACAAAAUCGCCAGCAAAUAUAAGAAAAGCACGCGCCAAAGCGAACGAAAAGACGCGUCGAAGAGCGCGAUGGCCGUGAGUGUCGUUGACAACCACGUGGACGCGAUUCAACACGCGAUUAGCCCACGACCGCCCUCCGUCGAGGACGACGAAGACGGCCACCUUGUUUACCAAUCCGGCGACAUCCUGGCAAAUAGAUAUAAAGUACUGGCCACCCUAGGAGAGGGUACUUUUGGAAAAGUUGUCAAGGUUAAGGACUUGCAAAUGGAUCACGUGAUGGCGCUGAAAAUCAUCAAGAACGUAGAGAAGUAUAGGGAAGCCGCGAAGCUCGAAAUAAACGCUUUAGAGAAAAUUGCGACCAAGGAUCCGGAAGGCCAACACUUGUGCGUGAAAAUGCUCGAUUGGUUUAAUUAUCACGGACAUAUGUGUAUCGCCUUCGAAAUGCUUGGACUUAGUGUAUUUGAUUUUUUGAGAGAUAACAGUUAUCAGCCUUAUCCAUUGGAACAUGUCAGGCACAUUGGAUAUCAAUUAUGUUAUGCCGUCAAAUUCUUACAUGAUAACAAACUCACGCACACUGAUUUGAAACCAGAAAAUAUAUUAUUCGUAGAUUCCGAUUAUGAUAGUAUAUAUAGUAGCAAAAAGCGAAGAGAUAUUAGACGUGUAAAACGGACAGACAUUAGACUCAUUGAUUUUGGUAGUGCCACAUUUGAUCAUGAACAUCAUAGCACGAUUGUUAGCACAAGACAUUACAGAGCGCCUGAAGUAAUUUUAGAAUUAGGAUGGUCUCAGCCUUGUGACGUAUGGUCGAUUGGCUGCAUUCUCUUCGAACUGUACCUGGGUAUUACUUUAUUCCAAACACACGACAACCGUGAACAUUUAGCGAUGAUGGAACGUAUACUUGGCACAAUUCCACACCGUAUGGCUCGUAAAACUAAAACUAAGUACUUCUAUCAUGGCAAAUUAGAUUGGGAUGAAAAAAGCUCAGCAGGCAGAUACGUUCGAGAUAAUUGCAAACCUUUACAUCGUUGUAUGCUUUCUGAUGACGAAGAACAUCGACAAUUGUUCGAUCUCAUUCAAAAAAUGUUAGAAUAUGAACCAUCACAGAGGAUAACAUUGAAGGAUUCAUUGGCACAUCCCUUUUUUGAUGCGUUACCUGCACAUCAAAGAUUACCAGAUCUUCGAGCAGCUGGUGAUUCCCAACAAAGUCACGAACGAUCACAUUCUCUCUCACGAUGAAGCUAGGAAAGGGACCGAUUUCCGUGCUGGACAGACACUCCACUGUCAAUGACACUACUGUCCUACGUCGCUAUUUUCAAAUCCUUAAGUCUCAUAAGACUGUACUUUUCCGGCAAUAAUAAGAUUCGAUGACGUCAACCGAUAUUUAAAUAAAAUUAAACAAUUAGAUAAAAAAAAACAAAAUUUUAUUAGGAAAUAUGAUUAAAUUUGUUAACAACAAUUGAUGAUAUUGAUUAAAUCGUAAAUCGUAUUAUUCAUUAACGACGUAAAAUAAAAGAAAAAGCAGUAGUGCAAUGGUGCUGUGGAACUCGGAUAUAACUUAUAUAUGAUAAUAUAAUAUAUCAUCAAAAAUCUUUGCAUAAAAAUGUGCAAAGUUGUUUUCUUAUCUCUAUUUACGAGACAUUAAAAUUGGUAAAUAGCCAAACCAACUUGACAAAAUGUAGGUCCCUGUUACUGGUUCAUAGAAAGACCAGUGUGUCUGCUCAGUGUAGCGUAACAGCGUCCCGACAUUGUAAACUUUUUCUAAAUGCUCUUCUGUACAUUUUAUCCUUAAUUUUAUUACAAUGUUAUUAUGCAACAAAGUUUGGAGUAAAGAAGGGUCGCAGUUUAUACUCUGUUUGUUAUAGAUUGAUGACCAUGGCGUGUAUUAGUAGUAAGAAUCAGAUUUAGCAUUAAGAUACAAGUAAAUAUAUGCGUACGUGUUAAUGAUAUUAAAAUAAGAUUAACAAAGAGAAAGUGAGAGUGAGAAAGAAAGGGUGUGUGAGAGAGACAAUGAACGCCAAUUCACCGUCGUAAAAUACACAUAUUAAUGUUUUCAAAAAUCAUAAGAUAUAGCAUACGAUUUGUCUUAGAAAGUGCUAAUGUAUCUUUUUCGAUGCUUUAGGAUAUGGCUAAUAUGAAAUUUUCUUUUUUUUUGGGUUCACUAUAUAUCUGAAUUUCGUUGCAUUGUUUUACGAUGUUGCAGACAAUCAUGUGUGUUUUAAGUUUCGUCGAUUCGAUUAAAUGGCUAAGCCAGAUAGAUUGUUUUUUAAAUACACUUAAUAUUGGAAGUUUUACGCGUAUGUCGCAUAUCUUUAAAAAAGAAAUGCGGAUUUACGUGCCUAAGAACAUCUCUGCUUUUAUUUUGUUUAAAUAUAGGAAUGUAUUCUUAAAAAUUAUGGAACUCUUACCACUUAUGUACAUCUUGUUUGUCUCUUUUAGUUCUUAUACAUACAACAUGACGGAAUCUUAUCACAUCCUGCUGCUCGUACAAAAAGAAAAAGGAAUAUAUAUCUGAAUACUGUGAAAAAAUACUGUUUCGAGUAGCAAUAAACACAUUUCUUUCAAAUAA